AUUUCAUCGAGACUGGGCGGCGGCCCUGGCUCGGCGAAGACCAAGUCGAAGCGGCCCAAUCCCGUCCGCCGAAUUAUGGACCGGGAGCAGCGUAUUCGUGAGAGCUCUGUCGCGUCGUCUCCGUCAUCCAGCACACCCGGCUUAGCAUCCGCACGCCUCGGAAGAAUCUGCAAGAACCCGCAGUGCGACAAGUCCGACAUUCGUGAUGGAGCCUGCCAGAAUUGCGGUCUCGUCGCCGACGACGGCCAUGACAUUGUCGCCGAGGUCACUUUUGGCGAAACUUCGAACGGCGCGGCCGUGGUGCAUGGAAGUUACCUUGCUGCCGACCAGGGUGCAAUUCGUCCCACCGGCCGAGGAUUCGCCUUUCGACGUGUCGCAGGUGCCGGUGCGAGCGAGGCCAGGGAACGUAGUCUCAGGGAAGCCAAGCAACUCCUAACCCAGUUCUCAUACCAGCUUGGCAUACCUCAGUAUAUGGUUGAACAAGCUUUCCAACUCUAUAAAGUUGCCGCAAAUAGCAACUUUGUCCAGGGCCGCCGCAAGAACACCGUGGCAGCCAUCUGCAUGUACGCCGCCUGCCGGAAGGAGGAGAGCAACAAGGUCAUGCUGAUUGAUCUGGCCGACAUCAUCAAGACGGACGUCUUCCUGCUGGGCCGCAGCUAUAAGGAAUUGCUUUCGCAGCUUCCAGAUUUGAAAGACGGCACCAAGCCCAUCAUCAUCGAGGACCUUAUUUUUCGGUUUGCCAGCAAGCUCGAAUUCCUGCAUGACACAAACAAGGUAGCGCUGUCAGCGAUCCGAAUUGCCCAGCGCAUGCGGCACGAUAACAUCACACACGGUCGCCGGCCCGCUGGCAUCUGUGGUGCGGCCCUCAUCAUGGCAGCGCGGGCGCAUAAUUACCGCCGCACAGUAAGGGAAGUCGUCUACAUCGCCAAGGUUACCAUGGCCACCCUGCAAGAGCGCAUGGAGGAAUUUGCCAACGUGCCGUCAGCCCAGAUGACAAUCCGCGAGUUCCACGAGACAGAUAAGCUCCCUGAGACUUCGCAUGAUCCCCCGUUUGUCUAUAAGCAAACGAAGGAGUGGCAGGAGAAGCACAAGAAACGGCCUAGGAAGAGGAAGCUGGCACCCAAGACGGCCGACCAAGGAAUGCCUGACGCCGGGGAAGGGCAACCAAACGCUGCCAAACGACAAAAGACGAACCAUGAACCGCCAACCCCCCUCACAGCCUCCGAGACAGCAAUUGCAUCAGAGGGCUCGGAGGUGACAGCGCCUCCAACAUCUCAAGAUCCGGGCGUGGACCCUAGCAUCCACGAUCGCUCCAUCUUGCAAACCGCAACGGCUUCGAUAAACGAUCAGCUAGAGGCGCUGGCAGAUGAGUUUGGCGAGGCGGAAGAGGAAUCUGGCGAUGAGUCUGAGGAGGAAUUUGAUCCCAGUAGCGAGAUGGCCAUGGCUGCAGCACAAGGAAUCCAGGUCCCUGGGAUGAAAAUGAAGAUUAAGCCGAGAGAGGGCCUUCAGGAUGCAACCGACGGUAACCCAGCGCGUAACAGGAAGGAGAAGCCGACAUUACCCAUCGACGAAGAAUGGGAGCUUGACGAAACAAAUCUGGAGAACGAGAUGCAAGGCCAUCUCAACGAUCCUGCCAUGAUCGGCGCCUCUGCAGCCGUUACGAAGGACAUCGAGGAUCGGCGCGAGCGAGAGGCUACUGCUCGGGAGGAUCGGUCGGUUAGCCUUCGCCCAGACGCCGAUGAAAGUGCCAACGCCCCCAGCGAAGCUGCUGAACCCGAACCGCAACCUGACCCGUCAGAUCCCCGCUUCACUCCCAAAUCCAGAGUGUCGGAUGACCCAAUCAUUCACGAGGAUGAGUUCAAAGACGACCCGGAAGUCAUGUUCUGCAAGCUGUCGGAGAAGGACGUACAAAUCAAGGAGAUGAUUUGGGCUAACCAUAACAAAGAUUACAUGCGCAAGGUCCAGCAGAAGAUUUUUGAGGCCAAGAUGGCCGAGAAGAAUCCUCCCAAGCCGAAGCGGAGUCGAGCCAAGAGACCUCGCAUCGGAGAGGGCCAGGCAACGCCGGCUGGUUCUGCCGUCGAGGCUACGCAAAACAUGCUACGGACCCGGGCGAUCAGCACGAAAUUAGAUUAUUCCCGGAUGGGUAAUCUCUUUGAUAUUUCCAAGAAGGGGCCUGGCAGCACAUUUGGAAGCACCAAUUCAGUGGCGAGUCGCAGCGCGCCUCCUAGCGUUGUUGCCAGCGAUGCCGGGAGUGGAAGUGAGGAUGAGUCGCCCGAAAACGCUAGCCGGACGGGUUCUCUGGCAACCGGCGCUGCCGUCGCCGCCGGUUCUUCCGCGCAGCCCGGGACGGUGGCGAAGACUGCUGAUGCUCGUAGCGGCGACGGGGACGAUGGAGAGGAAGGAGACGACUAUGACCAUGAAGAUUACGAUGCUCAGGAUGGCUACCCUGACGAGACAUACGGGGAAGGCGACUUCAAUCCCUUUGGGGACGACGGGGAU